AUGUCUACACCGACAAAACCCUCAGAGAGCCUUAAUAGAAGUUCUCCUCCAGAAUCGCCAACUACUGUAGCGCCAUUUGAUAUGGACGAUGAUGAUGUACAAGAUGGUACUACCGGUGGUGAUGUACCGGCAUCAAAUAAGACCGCAGAUGAGCUACCUCCGCAAAAGCCUCCGCGCCCCAUGAGCCCACAACAGCAAGCAGAGAACACUUUGAAAGAGGCUUUCCCAAGUAUCGAUGCAGCGGUAGUCAAAGCAGUUUUGAUUGCUAGUGGUGGCCGUGUUGAGCCUGCUUUCAAUGCUCUCCUAGGCAUGUCAGAUCCAGAUGCCGCCAUCGAAGUUCCACCUCCUCAACCCCCUCGUCCACAAGCGCAACCAGUCGGCUCUACUCCACGAUCACAACUCGAAUCAGACGAACAAUAUGCACGCCAGCUUGCCGAGCACUUCGAAGGGACAUCAUCAUAUGGAUCGCAUGGACCUCGAGGCGGUUCCAGAGGUGGAAAUCUCCCAGAUAGAAAACAGACUGGCUUGAAACCAAACGAAAUGUAUGGUGAAGAGGACGAGCAUAGUUUUCUCGAUGAUGAUCUCCCAGUUAUCAAAGAAAACCUCAGAAAGGGCUUCCUCGAGACACAGAGUAAAGUUAAUGGUUGGAUCACCAAUUUGAAGAAGAAACUCGAUGGAGAGGACACAGAGGAGGGACCUUCUACACAAGGAUCUUCUACACAAGGUUAUAAUUCUAAUCAGCACACACAAUAUCGUCCUAGAAGAAGUGGAGAAGGCAGACAGAGUGGAGACUACAAUCGAUAUGAUGCCGAUCCACAAGUUCUGGGUGAUGAUUUUGCUGGAAUGCAGCUGAACGAGGAUGGUAGUAGACAUGACGGUAAUGGUUCUCGCGCAAGUCAUUCUGCAAAUGCUUACCUAUCAUCUACCCCUCCAGCUCGUCGUUCUACUCGGCCACUCGCAAACCCCGAUCUUUUCAAACCAAAUCCUGUAAUUCCAAAAGCUGAAGGUCGGAAGGUAUCAUUUCAAAGUGCUACAGUGGAGGAUGAUCUAUACCGUACUUCACCAAAACUUGGCGGAAAAGAAAACACUCCAUCUACUAAGCAGAGUAAAUGGCAGCCAUUAAAUGCGAUGGAGCCCAGCCCAAUUGGUGACGCUGAUAAUGAUCAUGAUCCAUUCAGUCUUGGAGAUAGCGAGGACGAAAAGGAAUCUAAAGAUCGAGUUGGAGGCAAAGAAAUUCGUAUGGAUGAUGCAGAGAGGCUCAAAAAGGCAGCAGCGGAAGCAAUGUCCGAAGAUAUUGGUGAACCCGUAAAAAAACCUGAGCCAGCUAAAACAUCUGGCACGAAGGAUAAAUUAGCAGAGGAGCUGGCUAGCAAACCUUGA